AUGGUGGACUGGACUUUGAUCUUUCCUAUCCUGACUGGAUGCCUGCUAUCUGUUCAAGCUGCAGUCAAUGGAGAUCUAGCAAAGAUUAGCGGAUCGAAACUGUUUGCUGUAUUUGUUUCAUACCUAUCUGGAAUACCGAUACUGCUCAUAGUAUGGCUGAUAGCUUCACGAGGGGGAGGAGGACAAAAUUACGACUUUGCAAAUGUAGAAUGGUGGGCAUUUGUUGGCGGGGCACUAGGGGCUCUCUAUCUGACUGCAAUGCUCCUAGUCAUUCCUCACGUCGGAGCUGCUUUAACUGUGGGAAUCAGUGUCGGAGCACAGCUCAUAUCUGCAGCUAUUCUAGAUGAAUUUGGUUGGAUGUACAUACCUCAAAGGACAUUUACCAUGGGUCGUGGGUUUGGAAUCGCGUGUGCUUUGAUUGGAAACUGUUUAAUAAUGUUUUCAGCCUUGUCGUUUGAGGCUCGUCAAAAGGCGAGUGUUGUUGAUGAGGAGGUGCAUAUUCCAGAUGUGUUGGUGAAUGAACCCGACGAGGAUAAGAGGAUACCAGUGAUACAACGGAUAGAUGUCGAGGACGGAGAUUUGGGAGUACAGGCAAUCUGUCCAGAGGAAAUCUCGAUACCUAGUGGUCAAGCAGAUAGCAAACCAAUACUUCCAGCUGUCCCCGUGUUGGAUGUUGUAAAUGUAUUGGAUUGGAGACUUUUUUUCGCCGUAGUUGCUGGAACUGCUCUUGCUUUGCAGUCAGUCGCAAACGGUCGUCUAGCAAACGUGACUUCAAAACCGUUUGCAAGUUUGUACUCGUAUGUAUCUGCCACGAUACCAUUAGCCGUGGGGUUUAUGUACGAAUCGAGAUGUCUGACCGGUACAAAUUGGGCCUCAAUUCGCAAAAACGCCAAAUAUUGGCAUUUCACAGGUGGAUCCUGUGGGAAUUUGUAUAUGCUAUCUGCCACUUUCCUUGUACAGCAACUGCGGAUAAUAACGCCAUUGAGAGCAGUUGGAGUGGUCGGGAUGAUUGUUGGUGUCGCUCUGGUUACUGUCUUUUGA